CUUCACAGGGGGAGUUUGACUGUCGGAGACAUUAACCACGCCAAAGAAGUUCACACUUUGAACAGGAGUAGCGUUUUAUUUUGUUGCUGUUUUGCUAAAGAAAUACAAUCCUGAGGAUGAAGCUCUCUCUAUUCGUCGUUAUCUCCUGCCUCGCCUUACAUAACGGAAAUGGAGCACCUACAACUGCUGUGUAUAAGUUUGUGCGAUGUAAUCCUGAGGGCGACCAGGCCAACUGUGUGACUCUACAAAGUCCAAAAAUGGCAUGGAGUCCAGAACUACCAAGCAAACUGCCUGCUUCAACAGCACAGUAUCUAGAGGCUGAGCCCGUGGAGGAGGGAGAGGAGGAAGCAUUGAGGCCAAAUGAAGAGGGCGAGUCACCUGAGACUGUCCAGUCUGAGGAUGGUUCUGGAAGUUAUGAAGGCUCUGCAGCUUACCUUGUGGCAGACCAAGCCUUUGAAAGUGAGACAGGCUCAGGCGAGUCCUGGACAGAGAAAGAUGCAGACCUAAACCAAGGUGGGGAAACGAUGGCCAUGAGUGGCGCAAAACCAACAGAGGAGGAUUUGAAAGAAGAAAACCUUUUGGAGCUGUAGACUGACCCACCCACCCCCACACACACAUACACACACACACACACACACACACACACACAUACACAUAUACACAAAGCUAACUAAAUCUAUCUUAUUUCCACUCUGUCUGUUCAAGUGGUUAAACAAAUGUAUCAUCACCAUCUGCUGGUGGUGGAAAAGCUUGGCUGCCCAGGGAUUGACAAAGGCUAACUUUGUAUCCAUGUUGCUCUUGAUGGAAAAAGAACAGCUGUAAACAAUGAAAAAGUAACUGUCAGAGGAAAAGAACAGCCUGCAUACACGAGACAUAUACACACACAGUUUAAGUUGGCAGUGACUUGUGUCUGUGCUUUCUUUUGAAAAGGAUGUCUAUGUUUGAAUAUGCUUUUUAAUAUAAAAUCUGAAACAUGCUUUCAAAUAGUUGGAAUACCAGUGCAAUAAGAUGAUGCCAUGAAUUGGUCCCUCUGUACAGCUGUGGUUCCAAACAUUUCUUCGUAAGAGGCCUGUGUUUCUUUAAGGCACACAAAAGACUUAUUUAUAUUAUUUGAUUGCUCAAAUGUCUCAAAUCUUGUGCCACAUAAUACUUAUCCAGGGAGGUUAUUCAACCUACUUUGGGAACUUCUGGUCUGCAGCAUUUAUUAAAAGAAUCUUGCAAACCCAUAUCCCUCAGGAAUGGAUUCAUGCUAUCCUAACUGUGAACUGGAACAUAUUCAUAAUAUGUAAUGUGCAAAUGCAUGCUUUUCAACAGGUUCUGCAUUGUCCAAUUUGCGUUUGAAAAUACUUAUAUCAAUAAAGGAUUUAUAACAACA